AUUAUACUAAAUUUAAGAAUUCGAAUAUUCAGACCACAAAUGUUCAAUCAAUGCAUCUCGAAGUUCGAAAUGAGCUUCCCGAUCUCUGAUUUUCUUAUGACGAGCUAAAAAUUCUUGGAAUUGAACAUCAUCAGCACCUGUCAUCUCAACUUCUGCACUUGGAACUUCAACAUAUUCUUCAAUUGUUGCAUUUAUAUCACGUUCAUCUUCUAUAAUCAUAUUGUGCAUUAUGAUACAACUUGUCAUUAUAUCAUGUAACACUUUCUUAUUCCAUAAUCGCGAUGGUCCGUCUACAAUUGCAAAUCUUGAUUGCAAUACUCCAAAAACCCACUCCACGUCUUUUUGGCAUGAUUCUUGCUUCAUUGCAAAUAAUUUUUUUUGGGACCACGUGGAUCGUGAAUUGUUUGGACAAGAGUAUACCAUUUUGGAUAUAUACCGUCAGGUAGGUAAUAACCCAUAUUAUAACUUUUUCCAUUUAUAACAUAAUUUGCAGGUGGAGCAGUACCUUCGGCUAGAUCAGAGAAAAGAUGAGAUGCCUCUAGCACAUUAAUAUCGUUAUUAGAUCCUAGUAGACCAAAAUAAUCAUGCCAAAUCCAAAGAUCAUAAUCAGCUACAGCCUCUAGAAUAAUGGUAGGAGAACCACUAUGACCAGCAUAUUGCCCCCCCCCCCAAGCAGUUGGGCAGUUUUUUCAUUUCCAAUGCAUACAAUCUAAACUACCCAACAUACCUGGAAAUCCUCGGCAUUUACCAAUAUGAAGUAGUCGUGCAACAUCAUUAGCGUCAGGUGACCGAAGAUAACGACCUCCAAAUACCUCCACAAUAGCACGCCAAAAUCGUUUUAAACUUUCCAACGCGGUUGACUCUCCUAUUUUGAUAUACUCAUCGGUGGAAUCCGCUGGUACACCAUACGCCAACAUUCGAAACACGGCAGUUACUUUUUGCAAACCGGACAACCCAAGCCUUCCAAUUCCAUCUCUUCGUUGGACAAAAUAAUUGUCAUGUCUUUGUAUAGCUUCAUAAAUACGAAGAAACAAAGUACGACUCAUCCGAAAUCUUCGUCGAAACAUCGUCUCCGGAAACAAAGGAUUCUCAGCAAAGUAAUCAUUGAAGAGAUUACGUGAAGCAUUCUCCCGAUCACGGUUGAUAACUAUAUGACCAGGAAUAGAUCCUCCAUGGGAUCCUUCGUUAAAAAGAUUUUAAGUGAUUAAAAAAUUAUUGUUUGCAGUAAUUUGACAAACUACUUGCUUUUCAAGAUCUUCAUAAUAAUCAUUUUCUGAAGAUGAAGAAGAAGAAGAAGAAGAAAUGUGAGAUGAGCUACCAAAGGUAAAAUUCAUCAUUUAGUAGAAGAAAUUUUAGAUGAUGAUCUUCUUGUCCACCCAUGAUAGACAUUUUAUAGGCACUUUGUGUCUUAGCUCCAUAACAACACUAUUAGAAAAAGACAAAUCAAUCUAAGCCAUUAAUUUUUUUUUUGACAAAGAUCUAACCAUUGCAUUCAUUUGUCAUUUCAUCUCUUAUCUCAAUGAAUACAUUAAUAAAUAAAAAUAUAAAUAUUAUCAAAGUAAUUUAUGUUUUUGACAAAGAUCGAGCCAUUACAUUGACUUGUCAUUUCAUCUCCUAUCUCCAUAAAUAUAUUAAAAAAUAAAAAACAAAAUAUAAUCAAAACUAUUUAUGUUUUUGACAAAGAUCUAGCCAUUGCAUUCACUUGUCAUUUCAUCUCCUAUCUCCAUAAAUAUAUUAAUAAAUAAAAAACAAAAUAUGAUCAAAACAAUUUAUGUUUUUGACAAAGAUCUAGCCAUUGCAUUCACUUGUCAUUUCAUCUCCUAUCUCCAUAAAUAUAUUAAUAAAUAAAAAACAAAAUAUAAUCAAAACAAUUUAUGUUUUUGACAAAGAUCUAGCCAUUGCAUUCACUUGUUAUUCAUAGCAUUUUGGGUGUUCACAGCAAACUUUGCCGACAGAUUUAAACCUGAAAUUGCAAAAUUUUGCAAAUCUAUGGCUAUUGAAUGAAAGAGAGUGUGAUUGUGUUGGUCAAACAAAAGGAAAAUACACACACCAAAUUAGUUCAAGCCAUUGAUUUUUUUUUCCCAAGAUCUAACCAUUGUCAUUCAUUAGUUAUUUCAUCUCUCAUCUCCAUGUCCAAAUUAUUACAAAAAGACAAAUUAAUCUAAGCCAUUGAUUUUUCUCUUUACCUCUCUAUAUAAAUGUAUACUAAUCUUGAAUAAUCUACACAUCUUCAACUCAUUUUCUUACAAGUAAUACUUUUUCCUAAAAUGACUUCAAGUCGAUCUUUGUCAUAUUCCAUUGAAGAAGAUAUGCACUUAUGUCAUGUCUAUCUUGAUGUUUCUCAAAAUCCAAUCAUAGGAAAACCAAUCAAAAGAUCAGUUUUGGGCAAGAGUUGAAAAUGAAUAUGAGAAGUCAAAAAUUUCCAGUCAUCAAUCAAGACCAAGAAGAUCAUUACAAACUCGAAUGACAACAAUUUUGUCUGCUGUCUCCAAGCUAAGGGGAUGUGUUAAUCAAAUUGAAAAUAAGAAUCCAAGCGGUGCUUCAGAACAAGACAUUUUGAACCAAGCAAAGAUGUUGCUCAUGCAAGAUGUCAAAUACAGUAGAGGAUUCAAAUUCGACCAUGUAUGGCCCAUCCUUAAAGGCAUAGAAAAAUUUGCAAAUAACAACACCAAUGCAUCAAGAACAUUCCAAGAAGAAGGUCGUAAUGCUACAUCAUCUCCAUCAUUUUCAAUUGAUCUUGAGUCAUCUCCAUCUCCUGGUAUGAAUUCAUUUGAUUUAAAUAUGAAUUCCGAAGAAACCACUUCUAGUUUAUCUCCAAGACCGAUGGGUAUGAAAAAAGCUAAGAAAAAACUACAAUCUGAGGAGCAGUUUAAACAAAUGAUGGAGCAAAAUGAUAAGCUUAUUAAAGCUAUUACUAAAGGCACAUCUGAAAGAAAUGAAAUUCAGAGACAAAAGGUCAAGGUAGCAAAAAUGAAAGAAGAGAAUAAAAUAUUAUUCACAUAUUUAAGCUCUAUAACUGAUCCAGCUUGUCGUAUGUAUAUUGAAAACGAGAGAAAAAGAAUUUUGAAGAAAAGAACACAAACAAACCAACCUGAAGAACAUGGAGAAGGCUCUCAAUACCAAAAUCAUGGAUCUCAAUAUCAAGCAUCUCAAGUUCAAAGAGAACAAGUUACCGGAGAAGAUCAAAUAUCACCAAAUGAUUUAGAAGUUUCUACUCCUUAUUCUAAUUAUUUUAAUGGGAUGAAUAAUAAUUUCCCUAAUUAUUAGAAAUUUAUCUAGGCCUAUGUUUUAAAAGUUCUUUUGUUGUAUGCAAUUUUUAUUUUUUAGUUUUAAUAUUGCAAUUUAAAUUUCUUGUGUUUGAAUUAAACUUUGUUAUGUAUUUUUAAUCUAGUUUUUAAUUUGUUUUCAUAUAAAUUAAUAUUUUAUAUUAAAUCAAUGUUAAAGAUAACAAAAGAAAUAUGGUAUAUUUAUUUUAAUUAAAAUAUCAGAUCUAAUUAAAACAUAAUGCUGUAACAAAAAUAUAGUCAAAUAUAAUUAAACAAUAUUUUUUGGUCAAACAAUAUUAAAAUAAACAGUUUUACAAAAAAAAAAA